AUGAAAACCUUAAGUAUAUUUGAUGAAAAUUUAUCAGAAGAACUUCUUGAUGAGAAUGUUUCGGCUUCAAGAAUUAGCAUAUCUCUAAAAAUUGACAAGAAUAUGAGAAACAAUCCCCUUCAAAACAAGGGUAAGAGGAAGGAUUUACCUGAACCUCCAUCUUGUUCGGUUAGGUGAAUUCCUACAUUUUCAUAUUCUGGGAAAGAAAAUACAUACGAUGCAAUCAAAUCGAAGAAUCAUUCUAGAUGUUUAUCUUCAGCCAAGUUAUUAGAACAGAGAUGUACUACGAAGUCAAAACUACAAUUAGAUAUAAAAGACCUACUUCACAAAGCUAUUGAGAUCAGAAGUACUAUGAAUUCUCCUGCUAGACCUUCAACUUCCCACAAAAACCAGCUUUGGCGAACUGUAACAAUGAAGGAUAUCCCAAGUGCACAAUAACUCUAAAAUCCCUAUCUAAACUUAAACUCCAAACUUAUACUUCUAAAAACUUAGUU